ACGAAACGGAAGCCGGAGGGCGGGCCCGGCCAGUAGAGGGGGCGUUGGCAGAAUGGUUCCGCGGCCGGCGGUGCUGAGCGAGCUGUGCUGAAGGCGGUGGCGGCGGCGGCGGCAGGUCUCUCGGAUGGUCUAGCAUGGACCCUGUUGCUGCUCACAGCUGCCACCUCCUUCAGCAGCUGCACGAGCAGCGGAUCCAGGGCCUGCUCUGCGACUGUAUGCUGGUGGUGAAAGGAGUCUGCUUCAAAGCGCACAAGAACGUCCUUGCCGCCUUCAGUCAGUACUUCAGGAGCCUCUUUCAGAAUUCUUCAGGCCAGAAGAAUGACGUCUUUCACUUGGAUAUUAAAAACGUCAGCGGCAUAGGGCAGAUCCUGGACUUCAUGUACACCUCUCAUCUGGAUCUUAACCAGGACAACGUACAAGUCAUGCUGGACAUAGCGCACUGUUUACAAGUUCAGAGCGUCCUGAAUCUCUGUCACACAUUUCUAAAAUCGUCUGCCGCAGACCAGCCACCUGCCAUGCCUUGCAAUAGUAACUUCUCCCUGCAGAGUACCUUGACUCCUGAUGCUAACUGUGUCAUAAAUGAGAAUUACCCUCCUCAGUUACUGCACGAAUGUUCGCCAGAUGCACAGCAUAGUAAAGUUUUGGAUGAGCCGCCAUCUCACGCACCACCAUCCGUGACUCUUCCUAACUCCUCAGGCGAAAUGCCAAAACAAGCCCCAGAUACUCUAGAUGGCAGCUGCCCAGAACUGCCCUUUAAGCAGCCAAGUUACUGUUACAAACUCAGAAACUUUUACAGUAGGCAGCACUAUAAACAAGCUACUUGUCCCAGUCACGAGAGAGUAAUGGAGCCGCCUUUCACUUACAGUACAUCCACAGACCUUAAUGCAGUAGAAAACCCACCUUGCGCCGUCAGUCAUCCCGAAUGUAUCCUGGACUCUUCUGAGCACUUGCCGUCCAACUUCCUGGCCCAGCCUCUGAGUGAAUCCACCCCUGACCCGGAAUCAGACAGCACGUGCCCGCAGCCUGCCAAACAGAUGAGGCUCAAAAAGGCCAUUCACCUUAAGAAACUAAAUUUCCUCAAGUCACAGAAAUCUGCAGAGCAAACAUCUGAGCCCAAAUCAAACGACGAUUUAACCAAGACGAUUGGGUCCACCAGUGAAAACACGACAGAGAAGGGCAGCAGCCAAAGUACAGAAGAAAAAGAGAGUGAAGAACUAGUCAGUUCGGAGAAUUUUAGUUGCGUGAACGAAAUGGAAAGACCCGAAGACCCCGCUGCGUUGGAAGACCAGCCACAGGCUCUGCAGUCGCAGAGACAGUACGCCUGUGAACUGUGUGGGAAAGCCUUUAAACACCCGAGCAACCUGGAGCUUCACAGGCGCUCUCACACAGGUGAGAAACCUUUUGAAUGUAACAUUUGUGGGAAACAUUUCUCUCAGGCAGGUAAUUUGCAGACUCACUUACGGCGGCAUUCUGGUGAAAAACCGUACAUCUGCGAGGUCUGUGGAAAGAGGUUCGCCGCCUCUGGGGAUGUCCAGCGUCACAUCAUCAUCCAUUCGGGAGAAAAGCCACACCUGUGUGACAUCUGCGGCCGAGGGUUUAGUAAUUUCAGUAACCUGAAGGAGCACAAGAAGACGCACACAGCUGACAAAGUCUUCACCUGCGACGAGUGUGGGAAGUCGUUCAACAUGCAGAGAAAGCUGGUGAAGCACCGGAUUCGGCACACGGGGGAGCGGCCCUACAGCUGCUCGGCCUGUGGAAAAUGUUUCGGGGGAUCCGGGGACCUCCGCAGGCACGUGCGCACGCACACGGGGGAGAAGCCGUACACCUGCGACAUCUGUCACAAGUGCUUCACGCGCUCGGCUGUGCUGCGGCGCCACAGGAAGAUGCAUGGCAAGGCCGACACGGACAGCCGGGGCGCCGGCGAGGGGCUCGGCCACACCGGCGAGGCCCCCGACCCGGAGAGGUCGCAGAGCUCCGACUCCUUCCCCCAGGACGUGUCCGUGACUUUGAUGCCAGUGUCCGUGAAGCUCCCCGUCCACCCAGCGGAAAAUUCUGCCACAGAAUUCGAUAGCCGCUGUGCAGGCCCCUAUUGUAAGCUGCGGUCCAUGAUUCAGUCUCAGGCCGUCAACGACCAGGAGAAACUGAGCUUGGACCCGGUUAAACUCGCCAAGCCCCCGAUGCAGCCGACAGCGCACCCGGCGUAUGCCUACGCGGACGUGGAGGCCCCGGCGGCCGACGAGCCGCUGCCGGCCGACAGCAUGUCCAUCAUCCGCUCGUCCCUGGCAGCCCUGGACAAUCACUGCGGUGAUGCUCUAGGUGGCCGUGCACCUUCCACAGCUUACAGGAACUCAGAGGGGCAGUUUUUCUCCAGCAUGACUCUCUGGGGUCUAGCGAUGAAGACACUGCAGAAUGAAAGCGAGCUGGACCAGUGAUGGUCUAAGCCAGUGGUGGUGCAAGCCAGGGGUGGGCUUUGUCAGGGGUGGUCUACACCAGUGGUGGUAUGCGCCAGGGGUGGUAUGUGCCAGGUGUGGUCUUCAGCAGGGUUGGUCUGCUCCAGGGCAGGUCUUCGCCAGUGGUGGUCUAUGCCAGCAGUGGUCUGCACCAGUGGCAGCCUACUCCAGGGUAGGUCUAUGCCAGCGGUGGUCUGCACCAGCGUGUCUCCCCAGGAGAGUCGCUCCAAGUCUGGCGGACUGGUACCAGGGCUGCAGAGGUGAACCAUUUUCCUCAUGCCUGGUCCAUGCUAACCAGCCAGAGAGUAUUUGGAUCAUUUCCCUCCUGAUGGUGGCUGGCAGUUGGAAGCAGCUUGAGCUCAGGGUUUGGCACAAAGGCCUGCUGGCUCACCCUUGAGGCAGCCAUGGGAGCGGAGGGCUUGAACCACAGAUGCCAAAGGCUUGAGAAAGUCUCCCCCUAAGUGUAGCUAGCACAAUAGAGGGCAUACUCUGUGUCAACUACUGUACAUUUUGGUCCUGUUAAAGAGAAAACUAUAUAUAAUACAAAUAUUAUUUUUACAAAAUUGAAAUGUAGCAUUUUGUAUUUUUAAAUAUUUACACAGAGGUUCUAUUUGUAUAUGAAACUCAGACUAUAAUUUAAUUUGAAUAAAUGAAACUUGCCUUUCUAUAUAAUACUGUUUGUUUCCGCCAGCAUUUUUAUUAAUACAAUCUGCCCUCCGUAUCUAUGUGUUCCGCAUCUGCCAAUUCAUUGAACCAUGGAUCGAAAAUAUUUGGGAAAAAGCCCUUUUUUUCUUGUCAUUAUUCCCUAAGCAAUACCGUAUAACAACUGUUUACAUAGCAUGUACGUUGUAUUAGGUAUUCUGAGUAAUCUCGAGAUGAUUUAAAGCAUACUACACCGUUACAUAAGGGACUCGAGCACCCUCGGAUUUUGAUAUAGGGGUGGUGUGUCCUGGAACCACGCCCCCACAGGUACUGAGGGAUGCCUGUAUAAAGACCAAACCGAACCAGUUGCCCUCGAGUCCAUUCUGACUCAUGGUGACCCCAUGUGUGUCAAAGUAGAACUGUGCUCCACAGGGUUUUCAAUGGCUGGUUUUUGGGAAAUGGAUUGCCAGGCAUUUCUUCCAAGGCACCUCUGGGUGGAUGCGAACCUCCAGCCUUCCAGUUAUCAGGCAAAUGCAUUUACUGCCCCCACCCAAGGACUCCAGUCUAAAGACCAUAGUGAUAUAAAGUAGGUAUCAGCGUGGACUCACUUGUGAGCUUAAGUCCUAGGCUUAACUAUUCUCCCAUCUUGGUUCACUAGACUUUGGAGGCAGUCAGAAUAGAGAGUGCAUCCUGGCUGCUGCUUACUGAUGAAGUCAUGGGCAGCCUACUCACCCUCACCAAGUUCUUUCUGGACUUUCUCUUCUGUACUAUGAGAUAAAUGUCUUCCCACACACUUACAAGACUUACGGGACACAACCAUAUACUUGAAAAUACCUAACCCAAACCAAAGAUGCAAGGGAAAGAUUAAUCCAAAGGACUAAUGGGCCACAACUACCACAGCCUCCACCAGACUGAGUCCAGCACAACAAGAUGGUGCCCGACUACCAACACCGACUGCUCUGACACGGACCACAACAGAGGGUCCUGCACAGAGCUGGAGGAAAAUGUAGAACAAAAUUCUAACUCACAAAAAAAGACCAGACUUACUGUCUGACAGAGAAUGGAGAAACCCGAGAGUAUGGCCCCUGGACACCUUUUUAACUCAGUACUGGAGUCACUCCUGAGAUUCACCCUUCAGCCAAAGAUUAGAUAGGUCCACAAAACAAAACAAGACUAAAUGGGCACACCAGCUCAGGGGCAGAGAUGAGAAGGCAGGAGGGGACAGGAAAGAUGGUAACAGGGAAGCCAAGGUCAAGAGGGGGAGAGUGUUGACAUGUCGCCGGAUUGUUAACCAACGUCAUAAAACAAUAUGUGUAUUACUUGUUUAAUGAGAAACUAAUUUGCUCUGUAAACCAUCUAAAGUACAAAAAGAAAAAAAAAAAAAAUCCCUGGGCCAGGGGCGGUGCUUGACAGGGUUUCCUGGUAUCUGUUUCCUUCAACUUCUCAGCAGACUCAAUGGCUUCUGAGACAUGGUGUUCACAGCACUGCCGCUAGAACAUCACAGUGCGAUAAUGUACGGGAGAAUAUUGUCACCUAGGCACAAACGACAUGCAUUGUUUACCUGUAUAACUGCUUGCACAAAGGACUAGAUUGAAACCACCCCAAAUACUCUUAUUCUCAGCUAUAACUCAGAGAAGCUCUCUACUCAGGGAGAGAAACGUGGGCAGGUGAGGAUUUUCAUAGAAAAGCAGCUUGCUUGCAGAGUAGAAUAUCAGCUUUGGAGUCAAUUCAGGUUCAAGUCCUUGUUUUCCCAACCAUUCACCACGUUGCAGCCCUGCAAGACUGGCUUAUUGUAAGGUGCUGUCGAGUUGGUUACAACUCAUAGCAGCCCUGUGUUCAACAGAAUGAAACACCGCCUGGUCCUGCGCCAUCCUCACAAUGAUUGUUAUGCUUGAGCCCAUUGUUGCAGCCACCGUGUCAAUCCAUCUCAUCAAGGGUCUUCCUCUUUUUUGCUGACCCUUUACAAAGCAUGGAAACCCUGGUGGUGUAGUGGUUAAGUGUUACGGCUGCUAACCAAAGAGUCGGCAGUUUGAAUCCACCAGGCACUCCUUGGAAACUCUAUGGGGCAGUUCUACUCUGUCCUAUAGGGUCUCUAUGCGUCGGAAUCGACUCGAGAGCACUGGAUUUGGUUUUUUGGUCUACGAAGCAUGAUGUCCUUCUCCAGGGACUUGUCCCUCCCGAAAACAUGUCGAAUGUACGUCAGACGAAGUCUCGCCUUCCUAGCUUCUAAGGAGCAUUUCUGGCUGCACUACUUCCAAGACAGAUUGUUCUUUUGGCAGUCCAUGGUAUAGUCAAUAUUCUUCGCCAACACCAUAAUUCAAAGACAUCAGUUUUUCUUCAGUUUUCUUUAUUCAUUGUCCAGCUUUCACAUGCAUAUGAGGUAAUUGAAAAUACCAUGGCUUGGGUCAGGCCCACCUUAGUCCUUAAAGUGACAUCUCUGCUCUUUAACACUUUAAAGAAGUCUUUGCAGCAGAUUUGCCCAGUGCAAUGUCAUUUGAUUUUUUGACUGCUACUUCCACGGGCUUUGAUUGCGGAUCCAAGUAAAAUGAAAUCCUUGACAACUUCAAUCUUUGUUCAUCAUGAUGUUGCUCAUUGGUCCAGUUGUGAGGAUUUAUGUUUUUUUUUAUGUUGAGGUGUAAUCCGUACUGAAGGCUGUGGUCUUUGAUCUUCAUCAGUAAGUGUUUCAAGUCCUCUUCACUUUCAGCAGGCAAGGUUGUGUCAUCUACAUAACACAGGUUGUAAAUGAGUCUUCCUCCAAUCCUGAGGCCGUGUUCUUAAUAUUGUCCAGCUUCUCAGAUUAUUUGCUCAGCAUACAGAUUGAAUAAGUAUGGUGAAAGGAUACAAUUCUGAUGCACACCUUUCCUGACAUUAAGCCAUGCAGUAUCCCCUUGUUCUCUUCAAACCACUGCCUCUUGGUCUAAGUACAGGUUCUUCAUAAGCACAAUUAAGUGUUCUGGAAUUACCAUUCUUUGCAAAGUUAUCCAUAAUUUGUUAUGAUCCACACAGUUGAAUGCCUUUGCAUAGUCUAUAAAACACAGGUAAACAAGUGAGCUGGAAGCGCUCACUCAUCUAUGCCAAGAAAUUUGGAAGAAAGCUACCGGGCCAAGGGACUGGAAGAGAUUCAUAUUUGUACCCAUUCCAAAGCAAGGUGGUCUAACAGCAUGUGGAAAUUAUAGAAGAAUAUCAUUAAUAUCACACACAAGUAAAAUUUUGCUGAAGAUCAUUCAAAAGCAGCUGUAGCAGUACAUCGACAGGUAACUGCCGGAAAUUCAAGCCAGAUUCAGAAGAGGACGUGGAAUGAGGGAUAUCAUUGCUGAUGUCAGAUGGAUCCUGGCUGAGAGCAGAGAAUACCAGAAGGAUGUUUACCUGUGUUUUAUUGACUAUGCAAAAGCGUCGACUCUAUGGAUCAUAGCAAAUUAUGGAUAAUGUUGUGAAGAAUGGGAAUUCCAGAACACUUAAUUGUGCUCAUGGGGAACCUUUACAUGGAUCAGGAGGCAGUUGGAACAGAACAAGGGGAUACCGCAUGGUUUAAAAUCAGGAAAGGCGUGCAUCAGAGAUGUGUUCUUUAACCACAUUUAAUCUAUAUGCUGAGCGAAUAAUCCAAGAAGCUGGACUAUAUGAAGAAGAACGGGGCAUCAGGAUUGGAGGAAGACUCAUUUACAACCUGUGUUAUGCAGAUGACACAACCUUGCUUGCUGAAAGUGAAGAGGACUUGAAGCAUUUAUUGAUGAAGAUCAAAGACCACAGCCUUCAGUAUGGAUUACACCUUAACGUAUAGAAAACAAAAAUCCUCACAACUGGACCAAUAAGCCAUAUCAUGACAAAUGGAGAAAAGAUUGAAGUUGUCAAGGAUUUCAUUUUACUUGGAUCCGCAAUCAGCAUCCAUGGAACAGCAGUCAAGAAAUCAAAUGAUGCACACACACACACAAAAAGACGCAUUUCAUUGGGCAAAUCUGCUGCAAAAGACUUCUUUAAAGUGCUGAAAAGCAAAGAUGUCACUUUAAGGACUAAGGUGGGCCUGACCGAAGCCAUGGUGUUUUCAG